ACGUACGCACAGAGCGGGAUGCUCCGAAUUCAAUGCGGAAGUCCGGGGUGUCUUAAGUUUGUUGUGCUGUUGUUUUAGCGUCAAGUUAUUAGGAACGCUGCAAAAUGAAUUUGCUGAACCUGGCGAAGGUUUGUGGUUUGCGUUGCAUGUUCAGCUGAAUUUGUUGUUGCGAUAUAAGCGGUGGUCUUUUAGCUGUGAGAAAUGGAGGAGCUCUACACUUUGGAGAGGGAGGUUGGCCGAGGCAGCUAUGGUGUUGUAUUCGAUGGCCAUAUGGCCAAAACGGGACAGAGGGUGGCAAUCAAGCGGCUGCCCUGCAGCAAUCCGGAGUGCAUUGAACUUUACCUCCAAGAGCUGUGGGCCAUGCAAGCCACAGCCAAGAACCAUGUCAAUGUCAUUGCUCUCCACAGCUGUCUGCUGCAGACAGGGCCAAGAAGCCUGAAACCACUAAAACCUGGCAGACUGCCUCCGCGUCUAGUAGAGUGCGUGUUGAAAGGCCGCGUGGUUAGAGCACCACAGAGCCAGGAAAGCAGCAACACCCAGUCUAACAUCAAGGAGAGAUCUGUCUCUAGGACCGAUGCUGUCCAGGCCAAGUCAAAGCUUCAGGAAAGGAAUAAAUCCAACGGUCUCGAUUCUACAACGCCACAAAGGCCUCAAAAGAGAGCAAGGAAGAGAGCGGCUCAGAUGGAGGAGGAGCGCUGCUUAGCUCUUUGGCUGGUGAUGGAAUACUGCGACGGGGGCGAUUUAAAUCAGUACCUGCUCUCUAGACCUCCAGACUCAAAGCGAAACCACAGUGUGGUUCAGCAGCUCUGCCGUGCUGUAGACUUCCUCCAUAGCUUGGGAAUCACUCACAGAGACCUGAAACCUGACAACGUGCUGGUCUGUGUAACGCCAAAAGGGCCUGUUGUUAAGGUAGCAGACUUUGGUCUGAGCAAGAUGAGUGACAGUGUGGUGGACGGCGACCUGAGCAGGCAGCGCUUCUCCUCCACCUGCGGUUCCGACUUCUACAUGGCUCCAGAAGUGUGGGGUGGACUGACAUACACGGCCCAGGCAGACAUCUUCUCCCUAGGAGUGAUGUUUUGGGCGGUACUGGAAAGAAUCACCUUUGUGGAAGAAGGGGCUACACAGGAGCAGCUUGGUGCGUACGUGUGCAAGAGUCGCCUGGGCUGGUUGAUGCCACUCGGUGAAGCUUUAUGGGAGAACGCGGACCUCCAGCUGUGCAUCCCUAUGAAGUUUAAAAGAGCACCUCCGCUGCCCCCGCCUCCUGGUCCAGCCAUGUGUGCCCUGCUGUUAGACAUGCUUGCGUCUGACCCAGAUGCCCGUCCUCUGGCGGAGCAGCUAGAGUCCAGAGUGCGCUCUGCUCUCAAAGAGGACUCCAACUGACACAAAGCGUGCUUGAUGAAACACAAUGGCUGAAACCCCUUCAGGGAAAUAUUGACUGUGGACUCAUGACUGCAGUUUGCCUCCACGGGAAAGUGAGCAUCAAAAUAUAUGUUUAUAAUGGAGUAUAGGUGCUUUGGAAACAGUUUAUAAGCAACACAGGAAACCACAUAAAGGGAAAAUAGCAGUGAACUGAAAGAGGUCAAAGAGAGAUAAAGACCUGACAUCCUUUAGUGAAAACCAGCCCACUGACCUUGGACCUGCAGGCACUACAGACAAACACUCUAUUAUAUUCCAUCCUACAGACAUCAGGCUGUUGUGUUUUGGUGUGUGAUUGGAAUAGAAAGUAGGGGACUGAUUCUAUUUCACAUAUUGGAUCUAUAGUGUUUUUUUGGCUUUCAGCUUGCUUUAGUUUUAUUUGUGGU